AAUCUUGCAGAAUCACACACCAUCUGUAUCCAAUCCUGUACGGAAAAUUACUUAACGGGGUUGUACGCAAGCCAUUCACUUGACCUAAUAUCCACCCAAUACUCCAUGUCAGAGCAAGCAACAGAAAUCAAGGGGUCGUUCACAUUGAAGGCGGGCGAGGAAUGGCGUGUGGAAGUGUCCUUCGAAAACAAGGUGGUAAUUAAGGUGACCGACGGAAUCGCCGAGGUGUUCGGGACGGAACUUGCAAAUAACAGAACUUACACGUUUACCGGAACGAAAAUAUCCGUGUAUUCGCCUACUGGCGCCACUAUCCUACACUCUAGUGGAGCCCUUGCAUCGGAUUACGUCUCGGACGAGACGGCAAUGCCGCAGUACACGAAUUUGCACUUGUACCUCCACGCGAUGCGCGACGCGGCGCGACGCAAUACGGCGCGCGGGCCGCGCGUGUUGGUGUUGGGAAACCGCGACACCGGCAAAACGUCACUCGCAAAUAUUUUGUGCGCGUACGCCAACAAAAUGUCGCACCAGCCGCUUUUUGUCAACCUUGACCCAAAGGAAGGCGCGUUCGCGGUGCCGGGUGCGCUCAGCGCGACACCCAUCAGCGACAUCUUCGACGUGGAGACAUACUGGGGCGACACCAUCACCAGCAAUAUCACACAGUUGCAUACGAAGCAGCCGGUUGUAAAGUGGUACGGGUUCGAAAAGCCCGGUGAAAACCUCGACUUGUACAAGUACCAGGCGGCAAAGUUGAGCGUGGUGGCGAACUUGCGCGCCGAGCAAGACGAGAUAGUGCAGCAAUCGGGCUAUGUCAUCGAUACGCCCGCUCUCGGUGCUAACGAUGCGGCUUUGAUCGCCGAUAUCAUCGCUGAUUUUGAGGUGGAUGUGGUGGUGGUCAUCGGGAAUGAGCGCUUGUUUGUGGAAAUGGCCAAGAAGGCAAACGGAAAGACCGUGCUCAAGGUGGCCAAGAGCGGUGGGUGUGUGGACCGUGAGGAUGUGUUUAUCCGUGCGAUCCAGCACCGCGCCAUCAAGGAGUACUUCUACGGGGGGAGCACCGUCUUGGCGCCCUACACGUCGGUAAUCGACUACAAUGACAUGGUGGUGUAUAUGGCGCCAGAGGAGCGUGAUACGGAUACAGACGCGCGGUUACUUGUGCGCGUGAAGAACGGUGCCGCCACGUUGCAGAACACCGUCGUGGCCGUGUCGCACGUCGCAGCCAGUGGUGGCUCCGCGCAGGACGCGUUGGACUCUGCCGUCAUGGGCUUUGCCUACAUCAGCGACGCCGACGACACGAAGCAAAAGUUGAAGGUGCUCGGGCCCGUCCCGGGACGCCUCCCCCUGCACUUGUGCCUCAUCGGAACCAUCCGCUACCACGAGUAGACCGCAGAACAAAAGCGAAUUUGAUAGCAUCCCCAAACAGCUGAGAUAUAGGUACGACAUGGGUUAACCCAGGACUAGUGGUAUUGGUUAGAUAACGUUUUACCGCGGUUUUGGUGGAUGAUCAUCAGUGCAACCAAGGGCAAGUGGCUUGCAGUAGGUAUGGUUUAUGUUUGUAGAAAAGCUGAUAUAUUGUAGAGUUUAAUAAAUAUUUCU